AUGGGAGCGAAAUCCUCUAAGGGGACCGUCCAACCUGCUCCCAUCGUACAGGCGUCUCCACAAAAAAGUACUCCAGAGGUCGAUAAACAGACAAAAAUACCAGAUUUCAUCAAUGGGUACCCGCCACCGAAACCUCCGCCAAACAAAAAAGUCGACUUAUUAAGCAAUGUGGAUACGAAAAUAGCAGACAAUCAUGCCAAAUCGGUCAGUCCUGGUUCAGCGACAACAAUGCCGGACCUAUUAAACAACUUAGUUCAGCCCUUUAAGAAGAACGACGUGUUGAAGGUCCGGGCGAUCUUUAUGUGGAUAGCCACUCACAAAGACCAACACGAAGUCGCAAAUAACGUGGCACCGGAUUCGCCCCUUGGACAUCUGCAACUGAUGUCUGCCAGCAAAUUAAGUUACGCUGAAAUGUUUACCAUCAUGUGUAGGGCAGCGAAGAUACCUUGCGUGAUCAUCAGAGGUUUGGCCAAGUCUGCAGCAUACGAAGUAGGAGAUCAGGACGUGGAUAAACUAAGGAAUUGGUGGAACGCUGUGUACGUGGCCAAAGGCUGGAGACUCGUGUUCCCUCUCUGGGCCUUGUCGGCUGUCGUGGGCAAGAGUACCGGGGCGUGGACACUGGUGGAGACAAAAGGCCAAGGAGUCCGCCAGAAGGAGGAAAAGUCGGAAGGAGUAACCAUAGCUACUGUGAACGAGUACUAUUUCCUGACUGAUCCUAGCGAAUUAAUCUAUCGGUGUUUUCCUGAUGACGAAAGCUGGCAGCUUCUACAGAUGCCAAUGUCCAAGCGGAAGUACGUUAGUUGUCCAUACUUUCGGCCAGCUUAUUUCAUUCGUAAAAUCCAGUUGACCAGCAGUACCGGUGGAAUUAUUCAGACCCGUGAGGGCAAGUGUAGUGUGGCUUUAAAGCCUUUGGCUGGUACUGACUCGGUCACGCUCUCGUACGAACUCUUCUUCAAUCACAAAGAGUCUGACGAAGAAAUCCCUGCAGAUAUACAACUUGACAAAUAUGUUGCUAUCAUGAACGAAAAAGACAAGACUAUAUUCGAUAUGAGGUUCCCUGUAAAAGGUAUAUAUAAAUUAACGGUGCUAGAUUCUGACCAAGAAUGGCUAUGUUUCUUUAAAAUUAUAUGUAAUAAAGCAAGACUUCGUUGUGAGCCCUUCCCAAUAAAUACUGAAUUAGGAUUCGGUCCUACGCAAGAGACGGUAGAGGCUGGCUUAGACCCAGAGACCCACAACACAGGUGUUGUAGGGAUACGUGGAAGACAGUCAAUAGAAAUGAGAUUUAACCUCACAAAACGCGUGGAUGUUAGUGCUUCACUAGUGCAUAAUAACAUACCAAGUGAAGAACUGAAGGAACAUAUCGUCCAGAAGCAGACACCUGGCUCGCUAACAUUGCAUGUCAGUGUUCCAAAGAAUGGGGAGUAUGCUUUACAGGUCAACGCCAAGGACAAGGACACGGAUGGACCGAGUAAAAACGUGUGUAACUAUCUACUCUCAUCUGAGGACCCGAACAAGAAACAGCGCGAGUAUGAGAAUCCACUAGAGAAGAAGGCACGGGACACUCUCCAAGGACUGCUGACGUCCAAUGAUCCUUUAGCCCUACAGAGAGCACUGGACAAGUUCAAUAGCUUGGAUGUGGAGGAUAUUACUGGAAUCGUACAGCAGGCUCAGUACAGGAUCGAGUUCUUAAAACUGCUUCAAGCCUUGAAGACCGCCAUUCUAAGAGAGAAUAUCGAGUUAUUGGAGGAUGCUAUAGAAAAGGCGAGUUCAUCAGGUCACAGAAACGCCCUCCAGGUCAAGAUAGCCGAGGCCACCGAUAUCCUCAAUAAACUUCGCAAGCUUAAGAAGUACACACACGAUGUGUUAGCGAUGAAGCAGUCGACCAUUUCCGAGAUCCACCGUUAUCAAGUUCCUAAAGAUAUCAUCUUCGACGUUAUGAAGGCAACCUUUCUGCUUCUAGGCGAGAAAAGCAACGAUUUAGAGUACUGGGACUACUUACAAACAUUGAUGAGACGAGCAGGAAGAGACAGCCUCCUCGCCAGGGUAAAGAAGCUGGAUUAUGACAACAUUGAUGGGAAGACGAUAAAGAAGGCGAUGAAUCUUAUUACUCCUUAUGAUAAAGAGGCUGUGGCCACGGCCAGUGCUGGAGCAGGCACAUUCUACAACUGGAUAACUAACCUUUCCUCGGCCGGAGUUGGCGAGAGCUCCGAACAUGGUUCCACCGAAAAGCUCCAACAAGUUACUCGUUAUGGAGGGGAGGACCAGAUCUCGAUUGGUCAAAUGGGCAUGCAGGCUUCUGUUCCGAGUAUCGUCAUACACGACACGGACGACUACUAGUACCAACGACUUGUUCGCUCCUGGAAAUCCUGGUAUCUGUAGAUCUGUUCAAAGCACAUAACUGUUAUAUCUCGGGUUGGUCCGAAAUCCAAGAUGGCUACCAUCUUGAAAAACACAGUGGGAUUCCGAUCACUUGCAUGGAAUGAUCCUGAGAUGGUCCAACGGUUGAUAUUUUUCAGGUCGGUCGGAAAUCCAAUAUGGUCCGUCGCCAUAGCCAUCAGUACCACUAUACUUGCUACUGAGUAUGUAUACUACUAUAGUAUUACGGUCUUUAAAGUCAGAUGACCGUUAAGGCCCAUUGGCCUCCUGUCUUAUAAAGUGAUUUUCUUUUUAACAGACUCGCUGUAUAGCUUAUGAACUUUAUUUGGUGGUACAUUGCAUCAACUGACAUAAUCGUAUUCCUCAAAUUUGUAGAAAACAAUGGUUUUAUGACAAUUAACUUCGUUUAGAAAGAAUAGAGUAUUUAUUUAAUGUUUUACAGUGAUAAGGAUUCGUCUUUGAAUCGAAACCUUAUAACUGCAACCAAACAGAUCUCCGCUGAAUGACUGUGGUGUAGAAUGGUAUCCGGACAUGUGUACCAGUAGUAUUUUGUGUGUGUUUAAAGAUGUUUUAAGAAUGUGUGUUUUCCUCCUCAUCAAAUAUUUAUAUUUUAACAUGGUGGAAAACAAUACUUUAGUCCAUGUAUGUUAUGAUCAUUCCAGUAAAUGUAAAGUAUUAAAAUACCAGGGUAUUCCAUUUCCUGUAACGUAUGUAGAAGUAUUUUUGUGAUCUGCGUUUCGGACACUGUAUACACUGUCACGACAUUUUACUGAUGAAAGUAUGUUUUAAAUAUGUAGCUGAUGUCAAUGGUCAUUGUCAGGAAUUCCAUGU